AUGCUUGGCGCAGUGACGCGCGUGCUCGUCCCCCUCGCGGGCAUCGCAGCGCUCGUAGGGUCGUACGCCUCUGUCGACGCGAAAAGGAUCACCAAGGCUCAACUACACGCAAAGCAAGCAGACGCGGCGGCGCGCAUCAGGGCGAAUGUUCCCCGUGCCGCUACGCCCAACAAGGGCACAGGCGUGAAGAACAUCACGUUCACUAACCCUCGCGCGUCCGAAUUCUAUGUUGAUGGGACCACGAUCCCGGACGUAGACUGGGAUGUUGGGCCUAGCUGGUCCGGUCUGAUGCCCAUCAGCAGUGACCCCCACGAAACUCGCAAGCUUUUCUUCUGGUUCUUCCCUCCGGGACCGCAAGGCAGCCUGGACGAUCUCAUCUUCUGGACGAACGGCGGCCCGGGGUGCUCCUCGCUUGAGGGCUUGUUGCAGGAGAAUGGACCGUUCCAGUGGUCGUAUGGCCAGGCGCGCCCGACACAGAACGAGUACAGCUGGACGAACCUGUCCAGCUUGCUCUUCGUGGAGCAGCCUGUGGGCACCGGAUUCUCGCAGGGAGAGCCGAACAUCACCAAUGAGGACGAGCUGGCGGCGCAACUGGUGGGCUUCCUACAGCAGUUCCUGACCGUCUUCAAAGAGGUGGGAGGAAAGAAGCUGUAUCUGACUGGCGAGAGUUAUGCAGGGAUGUAUGUGCCUUACAUCGCAAACUACAUCUACAAGCACCCGAAGGCUCUCAACCUCACUCUGAAAGGUUUCUCGGUGUCUGAUCCCGUCCUAGGCUGGGACGUCGUCCAGAGCGAGAUCCCUGCCGUCGACUUCGUGCACAAAUACGAGCACAACUUCGCCCUCAACGCGACCUUCAUGGCCCACCUUGACUCGGUCGCCAAGAAGUGCGGAUACGCGGGCUACAUGAAGAAGUACGUCACCUAUCCCCCGAAGGGUCUCCUGCCGCUCCCUGGGAAAAGCAUCGAAGCUGACCCCGGAUGCGAUGUGUGGGACGACAUCGUGGACGCCGCGCUUGCCAUCAACCCUGCGUUCAACAUCUAUCGUAUCUUCGACACCUGGCCAAUCCUGUGGGACGUCCUCGGAUUCCCUGGCACGUUCUCGCAAACACAAUCCCCGCUCUACUUCGACCGCGAAGAGGUGAAGCGCGCGAUCCACGCGCCCGUGAACGUGACGUGGGGCGAGUGCUCCGACAUCGACGUGUUCGUCGGCGGCGCGGGCGACCAGUCGCUCCCGCCCGCGUUCACGGUGCUCCCGAGCGUGAUCGAGAAGAGCGAGCGCGCGGUGAUCGUGCAUGGGCUCGCGGACUUCAUCCUCAUCGCGGAGGGCACACGAAUUGUCAUCCAGAACAUGACCUGGAACGGGAAACAGGGCUUCCACACGCCGAUCAAGGACGACAGCUUCAUCGUCGACGGGAUGGGCGCGCUCGGCACGACGCACACAGAGCGCGGCCUGACCUACUUCGAGGUCGCCCUCAGUGGCCACAUGGUGCCGCAAUUCUCACCGAGGGCCGCAUUCCAGAUCAUGGAGUAUCUUCUGGGCUUCAGGCAGAAGCCGUAG